AUGCUAUUCGUGAUCGUAUUUAAUGAGCAUUCUAAAUCUUUGUAUCCUUAUGGAGAAAAUAACGGCAAUAGUCAAACACAUUGGUGGCGUAACCUGUCAGAUACGGACGUGGGAAUUACAGGGAGUAACAUUGCAUUCUCAAAUGUGGUUCCUGAGACUAUAAUUCUUGGUGAUGAUCUGUCCUGCUAUUCGCCUGACGAAGAGUGUAGUAAUUCUGAAGAGUCUAAAGCAUUAACAAUUAAGCAAUUAAGCAUAGCAUCCACACUUUAUAAGAUCGACCACAAAUUUCCUGACCUCAAGUACAGGUUCAACCUCAAGGCAAGAGGUCCUGAUAGGUUCGUUGCAUGGUGGAGCGAAAAUCAUCCCGGUUGUCAAAUCACUGUUGAUUCAAUCAAAAGGUGGACUUAUCGCGAAGAUGAAGAUCCUUCACGUUAUAAUAUCCAUUGGAAAGAGUACGGAGAUUAG